AAUGAGUGUGUUAUUUAAUAAUCAUUUAUACGAAAUGCUAAAAGAUCAAGACAAACUAACAAAAACCAUCUGUACACUUUUGAACAGUAAAACAAUGACAGAAAUAAGCAAAAGACUAACUGAGAUUGUUGGAAUGAAAGCACUUCCAGAAGAAAUGGCUUAUUACAUAAGAAGAGAAUAUAAACAUUUAAAACCUUAUGUAGAAGAUGGUAAAUUCUUAGAAGCAUUGGAAGUUUUAAAUGAACUAUUAAAAUUUACUCGUGAAAAUAUCAUUAAUGAAAAUGUGUCGACAAAAUCGGAAUUUAUAGAGAAAUAUUCAAAAUUAAUGCGUCAUAUGUCUUUGAAAUAUGAUUCAAACUGGUGGAAUAAUAGAUAUACUAUGAAUAUAAUUCGAAUUUUUAUCAGAACAUUGCAGUUCUGGAGAACAGAGGAUGCUUCCAAAGGAGCUAUUGCAGUAGUAAGAGCUAAAUAUGUCAAUGAUACAGACAAGUACACUGGUGAAUCACUCGAGAAUUUAUUUGUAUAUACUUACAAUUUGGUGGCAAAUAUAUCUGAUGACAAAAUCAAUAAAGUGAUACAAUCCUACAAAAGAGGAUAUCAACUAGUUGAAUUUGUUUACUUAACUGGCAUCUUUACCCUUCCAGCAUGUACUUAUGAUAAAAUUGCAGAUCAACUGAUUACCUUUGUCAGUAAUAAUCUAGAAAUUAUUACAAAACAAUUUGCCCCAUUUGCUUAUCCAUUUUUCAGGGGAAAAUUAUCAAAUGCUGCCGAUUUCAAGAUACAAUUUUGUAAUAUAAUCAACUCGAAAGAUAAGAGGGAAUUGAAUAAUAAAUUGGCAAUAUAUCUAGAAGUUUCGAGAUCAUAUAUUGAAUAUUAUGAAGAAUCAAUAAUUCCAUUUCUUCAUCCCUACAAUUCCCUUUCAAAAUCUAUUGAAAUUUCUGAAAAACUAUUAUCAUUUAUUGGACAUACAAAAAUAAUUUUAGAAUGGCCAAUUAACAUUCCAUUAAGCAAAAUUCAGUCAUUCUUAGAUGAUUUACUGGAUACUUAUGGUGAAAACUGGUUAAGAUACAUUGAUCCUGUUUUUCAGUUUGGUAUUAGUGAUUUUAAAAUGACUAGAUUAAUGAAUAAAAAGUUGGCAAAUUCAUUCAAAGGAGUUGAAAAUGAUGAAACAUUCCUCAUCAAUUUAGGUUUUUCAAAUAAACUUGGAUUGAAAUAUAUGCUUAAAAAUAUCAGAGAAUUCAUGCUUGAUGCUGAGGAGAUGGUCAAUUUAAAAAUUGGCAUAAAACUCGCCAAAGAACUUUUAGUUACUUAUCAUGAUUUUGAGAAAAUAGGUUUAAUUGACCUAAUUAAAACACCAUCUAAAAAUUGUGAUUAUAGUAAACAUAAAAUAAUUAAAGAUGUUGUAAAAUUUUGGCAAAAGAAUAGAUACAUGAUAUAUACUAUAAUACCUAUAUUAGAAAAAUAUACAAAUACCAGUUUAUCUCUUUUCUAUGAACCUGAUAUUGUUUUAGAAUUUGUAUGCAAUAUUCUAGAAUCUUCUGAAAGCGAAUUACUAUUCAAUUUCUUUGGUUUUAUUGGUACUUCCGACUACUAUUAUUAUGGAUCUCUCACUAGCAGAAUCAUUGAAUUUAGUCAGAGAAAUUAUAUUAAUGAUAAUAUUUUAAAAACAACCAUAAAUCUUUGGAUAGAGAUCUUGGAUGGAUAUAAACAAUUUCAUAGAAUGAGAGAUAGUGGAGAUGAUCCAAAAGAUGUUGAAAAAUUUGUUGAAAAUCGGUUAAAAAACAUCACUGAGGCAUUCGGACAGGAUUGGACAAUGAAAUUAGUUCCAAAUGAAAGCUACAAAUACAACUUCCAUUAUAGUUUUAUGAAUUAUUAUGAUUUUAAAUUGGUGACCAAGGCUAUUGUUCAUUCCUACAGUUUAGAUGAAUUCAAUGAGAAAAUGAACUUUUUAUACGAGAGGGCAGAAACUAGCAAAAUGAUGUUGGGUGUUAUUCAAAGUCUUGUUAAUACUGAUUGGAGAGAAAUUAUACCACUUGUUCAUGAAAUACGUAAUCUUUUAAUUCAAUUUGGACAAACAAAUUCAGUGCAUAAUUUGAUGAAAUUACUUUAUAAAUAUUAA